AUGGUUAGGUUUAAAUUGUUACUUGGGAUGAUGAUCUGUCAUUCUUAUUAUCUCAUUUACGUUCAAACUCGUAUAGUUAUCACGCUUGAUUCAUCGAGUUCCGAAGACUCUUCGGCGACGAAUGAUGAACUUCCUCAUUGUACUGAUCGGCUGAAAAAUCAAGAUGAGUCUGACAUUGAUUGUGGGGGUCUUCAGUGUCCUAGAUGCCAAGAUUCGUUGCACUGUAAAACAUGCUAUGAUUGUAUCAGUAAUCGAUGUCAAAACAACAUAUGUGUUGCUACACCAUCCUCAGAUACAACAAUCAUGACUACAACGAUUAAGACUACCAAAUCAACUACUAGUUCACCCGUCAGUACAACUACCACCAAGCCCAUGACUACAACCACGCUAUCAACGACGUUGCCUAGAAAUACAACUUUGACAACUACAAGCAUGAUCUCCGAAACUUCCACGACCACCUCAAUCACUCCAGAAUCGAGUAUAUCCACCAGAUCGACCACUUCAGCAUCUAGCACAACGACCAAUCCAAGCACUUCAGAGCUCAGUACUACGACCACGUCCACCACUGUAGGGUCAAACACGUCGUCCACUCCAGACGCCAGCACCGCAAUCACUUCAACAACUUCAGAGUCUACUACAACAGCUUCAACAUCAACGGUUCCAACUAUGAAUACAACUUCGGGAUUCUUGGAGGCCACUUGGACAACUUCGACAUCAACUUCAACCUCGGCAUCACCGACUCCCACUACGAAUACAACUUCAGGAUUCUUGGAGGCCACUUGGACAACUUCGACAUCAACUUCAACCUCCGCAUCACCGGCUCUCACUACAAAUACAACUUCGGGAUUCUUGGAAGCCACCUGGACAACUUCGACAUUAACUUCGACCUCGGCAUCACCGGCUCCCACUACGAAUACAACUUCGGGAUUCUUGGAAGCCACCUGGACUACUUCAACCUCAACGUCAACCUCAACUUCGAUCUCGGCAUCACUGACUCCCACUACGAAUACAACUUCGGGAUUCUCGGAGGCCAUCUGGACAACUUCGACCUCAACGUCAAUGCCAUUAUCUGUAAAUACAACUUUAACGACGAAAAAUGUACCGUUGGAAACUUCGACGAUUAUUUUGACAACGUUGGAAACAUCGCCGGGGAACUCGGGUCAAACCAAUUUUUGCGCAACACAUAGUCUCUCUAUUGUUCUAUGUAUAUAUAUGACAGUUUCCGUAUCUGUGCCUUGGUGUUUUGGUCUCACAUGA